UCUAACACAGACCAAAUCAACAAAGGUGAAAUUCCUUUCUGAAAUUUCGUUGCCAGUCAGUUUUAUUUUUACGAAAUCCAAAUCUCAGUUCAACACCACAUGGUCGAUACUUAAAUCGCGUAUUUUUGUGGUUGGUGUUAGCUUUAGCCCAUGUUUCACUGAGCGUGGUUACUCGACCAUAGGGAUGGAGCUACUUUUGUUGACCACAAGCAUAGCUUUGGCCUUUGCCCAAGAUCCUUGUUCACGUGGUUAUCACAAUUUGAUCAGUGAACCUCAUCGGAGCAGCCAGUUCCAACCGGAGGUAACGGAUCACCUUCUCUGUGAUAACGGACUAACGGCUGGAUGGUACGUCUUUGAUAACAAUGAUGAGAUGCCUACAUCCUGUGUGGCCCAGUACCAUUGCGGGACCCACUUCCCAUUGUGGAUGCAGGGCUCACACCCCUCCCAGGCUGAUGGUAUCGUCCACAGGAAGGCCUGCUCCAAUAUUUAUGGGAGUUCAAGUCACACUUGCUGUGAUUUCUCCCUUGACAUCCAGGUCAAGAACUGUGGCAGUUUUUAUGUCUAUUACUUACAACCUGUUCCGGCAUGCGCCAUGGCUUAUUGCGCAGGAAAUAAAAAGGUUUGCGACGUUGGAGGUCUACCCGCUGCUGGUGGAAGCUGUCCAGAUUUAUAUCCAAAAUUGACCACUUUACCAUCCUUGCAAAAUCCAGAAGUAACGCCUACGAAGGAGGUUCGUUUUCCUUGUAGAAUUGACUACCCUAUCGGCCAAUCGGAUGUUGGAUUCAUAGUCACGUGGACAGUGGACGGCAAAGUACUUGUCGACACCAAUACGAAACUCCCUGUGAAGACAGUCCUGACUGGGGAUUCCAGAAUUGCGUACCUUAACGCUAUGAAGCUACAGGGAAAUCUUGGAAAAGAGCUGAAGUGCAAUGUAACCUCGUUCCAUCCCUCCAAGGGCCAGGGCAUUAUUAGCGAUUCAUUAGGUAGCAAUGGUUACUGGUGUGGAAUUAGGAUGAACCCGGACAAAAUCAAUGUGGACGAGGGUGGGCCAGAGCAGACGGUUAAGGUAGAAUCCACCAUUCCCAUUCCCUGCACCAGCCUGUUUCCUGAUGACUGUAAAUUGACAGUGAAACUAAAAGGACUACGUAAUCCAGCAGACGCCUCACUCUCGGGAUGUCACCUUGACCUUAAACUAGACAACGUCACGGGUUUGUAUUCCACAUUUUUCAAGGUCAAGGCCACCAGAGAUUUUAUCAAAGACCACAAUCAUGUCCAUGAAGUGGGAUUUCAGCCAAUUUAUGAUUUUACUCAUCCGAUGUGGAAGAAUUACACCGCUACUCCAAUCUCAAUUGGUACAGCGGACAAGGAUCAUGGACAUUGUCUGCCGUGGGGAGAUCCACAUUUCACAGGUUUCGAUUAUAAGAGGAAUUAUAACGUAUAUGGAAUUGGUGAUAUGGUACUUUACAAGUCACUGAACCAGAAACGACCAUUUGAGGUUCAAAUGCGUACUUGGCCGUGUGGAAGCCUUCAUCCAUGCAUUUGUGCAGUCAUUGCGCGUGAAGGAAAUGAUAUCGUGGAAGUGGAUAUGUGUGAGAAGAGAGCGGGUGUUAUAGAGGCUCCGACUGUAUCAUAUCUUUCUGGACACCCUCUGGAGGGAACGACUGUUAGCAAGGAUAAAUCUGGAAAAAUAUUCUACAUCAAUUUUCCGUCGGGAGCUAGACUCGAAGUGAAGACCGCGAUAUCCCCUGGCCGACGUGGUAAGGAAAAACUUCCAUACAUGAAUGUGGAUAUCCAGGCACCCCCAGAUGAUUUUGGGGGAAGUGAGGGAAUGUGCGGAAACUGGAACGGGGUAGUCGGAGACGAUCUCAAGGGUGGAGAUGGAAAAGUUUACACCCCUAACAGAGUUGCAGAUUUCACAAAGAGUUGGACACUUCCUACUGGAACCAGUAUGUUCCAUCAACUUCCAAAAUAUGAAGCUCACUUAGCGCCCAAGUUUGAAUAUUGCUCCUGUAAACAGAACGUAGACUGCACUAAAGUCGGCAACGGCGCCAUAAAUCCUAGCAAAGAUAAAGGAUCUCUCAUAAGUGGAAAAGGUACACAUCACCGUCGUUCUGUGCGUUCCUACAGCGAUCACUUUCCUGACAGAGACUUGGCCGUAGAUCCUAGGAUGGUAGCAAGACGACUGAAGAGAAAUGCAGAUGCUACUUUUCCAACGGCAAGUGGAAUAACGGAGAGUCAGGCAAAUAGUUCGUGUAGGCACACGAUCAUGACGUCAUCCCUCUACAAGCAAUGUCAGCAUACAGAUAUUCUCAACAACAUCAUAGAGGGAUGUAUUGAGGACAUAAAGUACGCUGAUUCAGCCGAUGCCUUCAGGCUUGCUGUUAUGAACGCUUUUGAUAGUACUUGUUACAAUGAACUAGCAAAGGAUCCUACAAACAUUCAGUAUGUGAAUGGUGACCCAGUUGUAAAUCCCUCAAUCAGCGGCUGUCCGAAUCAGUGCUCACUAAACGGAAAUUGUGUCAGUGGCACAUGCCACUGUCACCAUGGAUACACUUCAAUUGAUUGCUCUGUUAAAGAGGGAGUUUCCCCACAAAUUCAUCGGAUAAGAGGAGAUGGUCUAUGUGACAUUAGGGCACGCCCUUGCAGACAAGCUAACGUUAUUGUUGACAACAUCAUGGAUUCCGCUAGUCUCUCCUGCAGGGUUACACCAGUCGAUCUGUCUGAGGGGCCACCUGUGGAGUCUGGUCCAGCAACAGAAUAUCACGGCGAGUUUCUCAGUUUCUUAGAGAUGCAGUGCCCCAUUCCUGAAAGUAAUGUCAUGAAAGGUCUAAGUGCUAAGGGCUUCAAAGUCUCCGUCACCUCAGAUGGGCAGCACUACAGUCAAGAGUCCCUGUUUAUUGUGGCAGACGGUUACUGUAAGAAAUGUACAGCUGCGGGUGUCUGCACACAGAAUCCAAACAGUUGUUUUAUUGAUGGCGUGUGCUAUCGUCAUGGGGACCAGAACGACAAAUUCCAAGUGUGUGAUCCAUCUGUGUCCACUACCAACUGGACAUCAAGUAAGACAGUGCAAGAGGUGGAUCAUUACACGGCUACCUUCUCUGGAUGUCGAUGCCCAUACAACAUAAAUGUGUAUGACUGCGCAUGCUGCCAAAAUGGUGGAUGUCAGUGUGGGGAAAUUCAACCUAAUCAGUGCACGGACUGUAACAACAAGGCACUCUGCGGCACGAAUCCGGGACUUUUCCCGCCACCAGCUUAAUAGUGAAGUGUUUCCACCUCUAAUGUAUAAAACACAGUUGUACAUAUAGAACAAAUGAAUAAGAACAUAUACAUGCAUGUUCAUAUAUUAUAAUUGGAAUUCUUACAUUAAUAAAUGAAAUAUAAAAAU